GACCUAAAGGAAGGAGAGGAAGGGGAAGGCGUCGCGGUCGCAGGAUGCUGCGCUUGGUUUGAUCCCUUCCACUAGACGCGCGCGCCCCGGCCUCGGGUCUUCUUCGCAGAACAAUUCCUCUGUACUUUUUUUGCGUAUUUCAACUAAAAAGGAGUUCAGCACGUCAGUCAUGGGAGCAGACGGUUGUACAAAAUGCAUAAAGUACGUGCUGUUUUUCUUCAAUUUUAUUUUCUGGCUGGCGGGGGGUGUCAUUCUGGGUGUAUCGCUGUGGCUGCGACAUGACAACAAGACCAGCAACCUGCUGACACUGAAACUGGAGGGCAACGAGGCACCAACCACCUUCUACAUCAGUGUCUACAUACUGAUUGCAGUAGGUGCUGUGAUGAUGUUCGUAGGAUUCUUGGGUUGCUAUGGUGCCAUCCAAGAGUCACAGUGCCUUCUGGGAACGUUCUUUGCCUGUUUGGUGAUACUGUUUGCCUGUGAGGUUGCGGCUGGAAUCUGGGGAUUCAUGAACCGGGACACGAUCUCAAAGGAGCUGAUUAACUUCUACGAUGCAGCAUAUGACAAAGCUGUUAGUGAACAGAAGACCACCUCGGAAGUGAACACAGUUCUAAACGUCUUCCAUGAAACGCUUGAUUGCUGUGGAAAGGGUGGCAUAGCAUCCCCAGAUACCUCCAAUAAGGUGUGUGGUGGAAAGACUGGUGUGGAGAACUGUCACAGCAGAAUUCAGGACCUCUUCUCUGAUAAGGUCUACUUGAUUGGCAUAGCAGCCCUUGUGGUUGCCAUCAUCAUGAUCUUCGAGAUGAUCUUCAGCAUGUUCAUGUGCUGUGCCAUCCGCAACUCGAUGUAUUGAAGCUGAAGCAGAGGGCCAAGAGAGCAUUGCCCCUGUAAAUAUUUAAUCAGAUGGAAAUGAUAUUUCUUCUGUUUUGUUUUGUAGUUCCCAUCAUUUCCUUGUGUAGUUGUUUGGGCAAUUACUUCAGUUGUAUUAAAUAAAAUUCUUCUUUAAAAAUUUACAGCCAAUGCUAGUGUGCUAGUGUGUGAGUGAUAUAUUCUGCACAUUUGUAUGAUAGCAGCCAAGUCUUGAUAAUAAGCUACAAAGUGAUGCAUUACAAAGCUAAUACUGUGAC